AUGCCGCAUUUUGCUAAGUACUUGAAGGACUUAAUCACUAAAAAGAGAACCACCAAGAAUGAAGUGGUGGAUGUGACUCACCGGGUUAGUUCCAUUAUUGCAACAACCACGGUCCAAAAGAAAGAGGACCUGGGAGCUUUCACCAUUCCAUGCACUAUUGGGUUGUGCGAUUUUCCACGAGCCCUUUGUGAUAAUGGGGCUAGAAUCAACUUAAUGCCUCUUGCUAUUUACAAGCAAGCGGGGUUAGGUAUGCCUAGGCGUACAAGUAUGAGGUUGCAAAUGGCCGACCGUUCAAUAAAGAGACCGGUGGGAAUUGUUGAUGAUGUUCUUGUGAAAGUGGGGAUGUUCCUCCUCCCUGAUGACUUUGUUAUCCUCGAUUGUGCUGUUGAUAAAGAAAUCCCUAUCAUCUUGGGGAGACCAUUCCUUAGUACCGGAAGAACACUCAUGGAAACGAAAUGA